AUGGAGCAUGAGUACUACUUGGUCUUUGGAGAUCACAAGGUGGAAAUUUAUGAUGAUAGUUCAUACUCCAACAUGGUUGCAAAGGUGCAAAUGAGAGGAAAUCGAAGCUUUCCAAUGAAAUUGCAAUUUGGAAUACACACUGCCUACAAGGAACAAGAAAUGGUGGUAGGCUUACUAGAAAUCAAAGCAGUUAAAGAAGUAUUUGAGGGUUGUGUUCUAGGAAAGAACAGGACUAUUGUGGAGAUGACUAAGUGUAUGAUGUUUGAGAAAAAGAUGCCAUUAGAGUUUUGGGCUGAAGCUGUCAACAUUGUAGUAGAUAUCCUAAAUAGUGUUUCAGUUCCAAUCACAGAUAUGCUCACUGAGAAAGAAAAGGAAACUGGUGAAGCUAGCCUGACUCAAGCAGAGAUUCCAGAAGAAGAACAUGUUGAAAUUGGUCCAGGACCACAAGAGAUUGAUCACACUCCUCUGAGAUAUAAAAGAAUUGCAAAAAUGUAUGAAAGAUGCAAUCUGUGCAUCAUUGAGCCUGAAACUUUUGAAGAAGCUGUCAAAGAUGAGUCAUGGCAGAAAGCAAUGGAGAAUGAGAUUGCAAUGAUAGAAAAGAACAACACUUGGGAGUUGGUUAAUAGACCAGCUGAUAAACCAGUAAUCGAUGUCAAAUGGGUUUAUAAAACCAAGCUGAAUCUCGAUGGCUCUGUUCAGAAAAAUAAAGCAAGGCUUGUUGCAAAGGGUUACUCUCAAAAGCCUGGUAUAUACUUUAUUGAGACCUUUGCACCUGUUGCUAGGCUUGAUACAAUCAGGACAUUGAUUGCUUUGGCUACACAUAAAGGAUGGAAGUUGUUUCGGCUAGAUGUGAAAUCAGCAUUUUUGAAUGGAGUAUUACAUGAGGAGGUAUAUGUGGAUCAACCCCCUGGAUUCAUGCUUAAGAACAAAGAGGAUAGAGUUUAUAGACUCAAGAAGGCAUUAUAUGGCCUUACGCAAGCUCCAAGAGCUUGA